UUAACCCCAGAUAAAAAGACAAAAGUACAGUACACAAACUGCUAAAAUUAAAUGCCGACCAAUCAGGAGCUAGGCUUUGAUAUCUUCCCACCACGUGUCUCCCUCUCACUCGUCCCCAAUCCUAGGUCACAACGCUGUCUCUCUCUCUUCCUCAUAGGUUGAAUCGGAUUCGGUUAGUUAUGUAAUGCAAUAUGUAGUACUACUGUUACUGUACAGUACUACACAGGAUAUAUCUUCUUUUGUCUGAAAAUAUCUUCCCCCGCCUCCCAAAAACACUCACUGUAUUGAAGAAGGUCCUGAAUAAUAUCAGAUCUGCUAUUUUAUGCAGGGAGCGGCUCUCUGUAUUUGAAUACCUGAAUGGCUAUUGGUCUGUGGCUAGAGAGCUGAGUAAUGUCAAUGCCAAAACAAUUGCUGCUGACAAAGGUCUACUUCUUUGUUGGGUCUGAAUUUACCUGCAAAUAAUUGUCAAGAAAAACAUGGAUCAGAUACGGAACACAAUUAUGCAACAUGAAGCGUUAUUCAAGGAACAGGCUGUGUGUUUGGAGGCAAUUUCUCAAGUCUAUUCUUGGAACUCUAUUCUAGCAUCAAUGUUUUGUUAAAAACACAUUGUAUGUUCUCCAAAUGAAUGAAAACAAGUUCUUUAAGUCCAUAGGGGAAGUUCUUUGCAGAAAGCAAGUUGACGGACAUGACUCAGCAGCAGGUCAUGUUUCACUGGCUAAGUGUCUCUUCUCUCGCUUCAUAUGGAUUCUUGUGUGGACUAUUAAGUACAUCACUCUUAAUUACCAUCACAGUGAUGGUAAUCUCUUUCAACAGAAUAGCUCUCCUCUUCCUGAUAUUGAGGUGUUUUUGUUCAUAGAGGUGGAAUGUUCUUUUUUCCACCCCAUCCAGAGUGCAAUGUUAUUGUUUUCGCCACCCAAUUGCAUUGUCUAUAUUAUCAAAUCAUGACUACUGCAGGUUCAGGCUCUGCACAAGCUGUACAAUAUUCAAAAGUCUGCAAUGCAAGAAAUAAGAAUUUACUCUCAGGCCCAAAUUCUUGCUUGCAGUUCUAAAGGUUUUGUACAUGUAGAUGAUAGAUACAGUGGUUCUGUUUUGGAUGGGAAACAUCUGAGGCCAACCUAUGCUACUGGUCAAGCUUAUAAGGAUGAGUCGCUAAGUCUUUCCUUGCACCCUUUCUAUGCAUUAGAUCAUAAAGGAUGUGGUUCAGAAUGGAUGGAUAGCAGAGGGGUUGAAACUCUCCAAACUGCUCAGAGUAAACCAAUCAGAAAUUUUGAUCUUGAAAAGCUCCCGGAGGACUGCAUGGAUGAAUCUGAGUAUCAGAUUGAGCCAAACAGUUCCAAAAUGUCAGAUGAAAACUCCAUUUCGUUAAAAAGAACCACAAAUGCAGAUGGAGAUUCUUCCGUCGAAGAAAAUUUAUCUGCUAUUCAAAUGGGUUCUCCAAGUUUGAAGCAGAUUUAUCCAAAAACAAACAUAAGAAUACUUUCAGAAAAUGGUCAAGAAAUCAUUCAAGACUGUGACAGAGUUUCAGAAGACAAAGCUUACAGAACUGAGAUAAAAAGAUCUGCUUUAAGUUUUCCGAGUCCAAAUAACACCAGUGAAAAUAAAACAUCACAAGAUUUUCCAAGAAAGUACUUGCCUGCAGGUGCCAAGUCCGAUCUAUGCCAGUAUUCAAUGCACAUCGAAAAGCCAACAGUAUUGCAUCAGGGCUUCGUAAAUUUCAUGACUCAGAAAUAUUAUACUUUAGAUUCUGGGGAAGAUAGUCUUCAGAAAAUUCCAGCUCUGGCAAAUGGUCAUAUUGUUGAGGGUUUCUUCCCAAAGAAUCCUGUCAUCUGCUCUCAAGGUUCUUCAACCCUGGAUUCUGUGCAGCAUGAUUCUACAUAUUGUAAAGGAUUUGCCAUCCAAAGGUCCCUUUCCUUGAAAUCAAAUUCAAUUUCAGGAAAGCAUGACCUGAACUCAUUUCCUUUAGCCUCUCAAACAAGCACAUAUCAUGAUGAAAAUCAAAAUGACUCAGAUAAUGGAAGCAAUAGUGUACACUCCCACUAUAUGAAGAGCUGUAAGGAAAAAAAUAUCAUCAUUCAAUUGGAGGAUUCUCCUGGACCUGGUGAUGGUUGUUGUGAGGCAGUUCAGACAAGCCAUGGUGGAGGACAAGCUGUUCAAUCAGAAUGUGAAGAAGUGCCCCAGGUCAUCAAAGAUGGUUUGAAAGUUUUGGUCUCCUCCACCCAUUCUGAUUCUGAAGUCAAACACGUUGAAAGUAGUAUGUACUCAAAUUCCAAAUGUAACAAUAUGGCAGUAUCUGAAAAACCAGUUUUUGGGAGAGAAGGUAAUGACAAUAUUGUAGAUAAAUCACCUCAGGAUGAAGCAUUUGAAAGUAUUGCUGCAGAGAUUUUGCUAAGUAUGGCACCCAGCACUGCACAAGUUGAUAUCCAGAUGCAUGGCACUCAAACAAAGGUGGAGUUGCACAAGGCCAGUGAAGAGAAUAUGAUUUCUGAUAAGAUGUGGAAUCCAUGCCAGAGAAGGCGUGCCAAUUACUGUCAAGAUGGUGAGAGUGAAUCCUUAAAAUGGGUGAAGACUGUUAAUAGGAGGAGGACUGCAAGAAGACCCCGAUGACUAGUUCUUGUAAAAAUUUGUUCCAUGUAUAGUUCCUUAGAGCUUCAUAUGAUUUGGCAAAAUGAAUGAGGAUGUGGCCUUGUAGAUUUGGUGUGGCAUGUGUAUAUGUCUGCUCUUUUCCUCAUCUAUGAAGAUUGCAAAGACAAACACAUUCAACGUUGUACAAUUGUAAGCAAUUUAUGGACAAGUUUUAAUUCCA